AUGCCUCUGACCGUCGCUGAAUGCGCGCCCUGCACUCGCGGAAAUAGUCCUCUGGCGACAUUCCUCUCCCUCCGCCCGCAGCUGUACCACGGAUCCGUCGAAUCGUCUUCCGUUAGCAGGCAGGAACUGCUCAACGCUCUGACCGUGGCUGUGGAUGCGGUCCAUGCCGCCGCUCCGCGCACUCUCGCCGACUACAUCGCUCGUCCCAUGACCAAUGUCGCCUUGUCCAAACUUCUUCUCACCCUCCGCCAAGGCACCGACGGCCCCAAAUGGGCUUUGCAAAUGUCCAAGGAAAGCCAAGCUCUUCUCCGAGAUCUUAUUGUCAAGGCCAAGACUCAAUAUGCCACUUACUUGCGCGCUCGCGACAAGAGCGAUGUCAAGGUAAUCUGGGCAUACAACAAUAACCUACGCACCAUCAGCACCAUGAGCAGGCGCGAAAUCUGGCUGUUUGUCGAAUCAGUCUACGACCGCCGCUACAUGGACCAUUCCGAUCGCCUAAAUUUCCACAAGGGCUUCAGCGUCGUACUAGACAAUCACGAAGUUGAACGUUUCCGCGACCUCACCUCCGAAUGGCCCGUGUUGUGCGUUGAAAACAUCCCUCGAGACUUUGCCCCUGCCAUAGACACCUCCAACCUACGCUCAUGGGAAGAACUGUACUCCAAGGCCGCCGAAACUCUACAUGACAUCCGCAACACAAGGUUCGAGGCCGCUUCGGGAUUCGUUCCGAGGGGAAACGAGGCUUGGUUUCCAUUCCCGAAUGUCGUUCGCAAGUCCACCGAACACAUUGCUCCUUCGCAUCAUCUCGAACGCGAAAAGAAACUAGACCAUCUAAACAACUGGGAUGUGGGAAAGCCGCGCGACUUGACAAGAAAAGGAGGACGAGACCACACUCACCUGCGGCGCUACACCAACGCCCAUUCCGACAACUACAACCCGUUAGGCACUCUUCCCCCACACUGGGUACAAAGCAAGAUGCAAGAACAAGAUUCUACUAUGGCGGAAUCCCAAGAAGCGCGUGCACAAGCAGAAUUCGACUUGCCUCCCGCAUCUGGCCUGCUCAACCGCACUGUCCCAUACAACCGGACUCGUCGCCAGCCCCCAGAGGAGUAUCGCAUCCAAGUGUCGACACCUUUGUCGGCAUCAGAAGACUCCGGGUCUGUUGCGGUUGCCAGUUUGGGCAGUGUUGUAGGCAAGUUGAAGCGGAUGAAGUCCUUUGUCCGCAAGCCAUCCAAGGCUGAACCGUCUGGACCUACCGCAGCGCUACCUGACCUGAAACAGAAGCCUCCAGCAGAUGCUUUCACACCUCCAUCAUCAGAUCCAUCCCGUUCCACAAUACCCGCGAGGCCUCAGCAACAGGACAACGGGUUGAACACUCCGCCGGAUUCAAACUCAACUGGUUCAACACCGCGGUUAGAGAUGCCCGCCAAGAACUACAAGCGUCGGGUUCCGACCGCGGCCACGAGAAGAAGAGUCAUCACUCCUCGCCAAUGCCGAGCGACUCUGCGCUCGUGCUCGUCUCGGGAGUCGUUGCAGAGCAAGACGACAUCCUCAACGCUAUCCCGGGAUACAUCGACAACGUCCAUUGAUCUGACCCCUAUCAAAGGAUCAGUAACGGAUGUUCAUUUACUACAUACGUUGCCGGAUUCACCGUCUCCUAACGGUAUCUGGAGAUCGCCUCUGGACCCAUUUGAGCGGCCUCGAAAGCAAGCGUCCCCCAGCCUUGCAGCGCUGUCACCAACUAAACAGGCGGCAGCCGUCGUGCAGCACAUCGACGUCAUUUCCACACGGCCAGUGUCUCCUGGAACGAUUGUUAUGACAGAUCCCUAUCAGGCCACGGCUCAAGUGGUCACAAUGACGGAGAAAGCGAGGGAGAGAGCUGACUCUGGGAAUUCCACUGGCCAGAAAUCCGCACUUCAGGCGCUAUUGAACGCCACCCCGCGAAAGGCCCAAGAAGUCUUUUAG